CUCCUCCUCCAGUCUUCCGCCUGCUGUCUGUCAUUACACACAUUGACCUCCAAACAUGGCCGGCGUACGAGCCCUCGGUUCCCUCUCCAGACUCACAACCAGAAGAUAUACCCUCUUUCCAGGUGUCAGCAGGCGGACCUUUAAAGUUGCUGCUUGUAUGAUGGCUCGUACACACGUAAACUAUGAGGUCAAGGGAGAUGUAGCUGUGAUCCGUGUGAAUGAUCCCAAUGCAAAGGUCAACACACUGUCUAUUCAAAUGCAAAGGGAGAUGACAGAAGUUAUGGAUGAGAUUUUGGGAAACAAUGCUGUCCAUGGUGUUGUUCUCAUCUCAUCCAAACCCGGCAGCUUCAUCGCAGGGGCAGACAUUAACAUGAUUCAGGCCUGUAAGACUGCAGAGGAGGUCACUGGCCUUUCUCAGGAGGGCCAGAGGAUGUUUGAGAAGAUUGAGAAAUCUCCUAAGCCCAUUGUCGCUGCCAUUAAUGGGUCGUGUCUUGGUGGAGGCUUAGAGUUUGCCAUUGCCUGUCAGUACAGAAUAGCCACCAAGAGUAAGAAGACAGUCCUGGGUGUACCUGAGGUCAUGCUUGGCCUUCUGCCUGGAGCUGGAGGAACACAGAGACUGCCCAAAAUGCUUGGUCUUCCCAGUGCUUUUGAUAUGAUGCUAACAGGAAGAAACAUCCGUCCAGAUAAAGCCAAGAAAAUGGGACUGGUUGACCGGCUGGUGGAUACUCUUGGACCUGGAUUGAAGAGUCCAGAGGAGAGGACUAUCGAAUACUUGGAGGAAGUAGCUGUGGAGGCUGCCAGAGGCCUUGCUAACAAGAAAAUCUCACUUACCAAAGAAAAGGGCUUAAUGCAGAAAAUUCAAGACUACAUCAUGAGUUAUCCGUUUGUGAGACAACAGAUCUACAAUACAGUUGAGAAGAAGGUCAUGAAACAGACUAAGGGACUGUACCCUGCACCACUGAAAAUAAUCGAGAGUGUGAAGGCUGGUGUUGAACAGGGUCUGACUGCAGGUUACCUGGCUGAGUCACAGAAUUUUGGCAAGUUAGCUAUGACCUCCGAGAGUAAAGCACUUAUUGGCCUUUACUACGGUCAGGUCGCAUGCAAAAAGAAUCGAUUCGGAACCCCUGAAAAGGAAGUAAAAACACUUGCUGUCUUGGGAGCAGGUUUGAUGGGUGCUGGCGUUGCUCAAGUGUCUGUCGAUAAAGGCGCUCACAUUAUUCUUAAGGACACCACACUGGAGGGACUCAGUCGUGGAGAGCAGCAGGUCUAUAAAGGGCUAAAUGACAAAACUAAGAAGAAGAGCAUAACAUCAUUCGAAAGGGACAGUAUUCUGUCCAACCUAACGGGACAGCUAGACUACAAUGGCUUUGAUAAAGCCGACAUGGUCAUUGAAGCCGUUUUUGAGGAUCUGAGCAUCAAACACAAAGUCCUAAAAGAAGUUGAAGCAGUGAUUCCUCCACAUUGUAUAUUUGCCACCAACACAUCUGCUUUACCAAUCAAAGAUAUUGCAGCUGUGAGCAAGCGACCUGAUAAGGUAAUUGGAAUGCACUACUUUUCUCCAGUUGACAAGAUGCAGCUACUGGAAAUCAUCACCACUGAUAAAACCUCCAAGGACACAACAGCCUCAGCGGUGGCGGUCGGCCUGAGGCAAGGCAAAGUUAUUAUCGUCGUUGGGGACGGACCAGGAUUCUACACAACCAGAUGUUUAGGUCCCAUGUUAGCUGAGGCAGUGCGUGUAUUGCAGGAAUGUGUUGACCCCAAGAAGCUGGACUCCCUGACCACAGGUUUUGGCUUCCCUGUGGGUGCUGCUACCCUGGCCGAUGAAGUGGGCAUUGAUGUGGCAGCUCAUGUGGCCGAAGACCUCGGCAAGGCCUUCGGCUCCAGAUUUGGAGGGGGAAAUAUUGAGGUCUUGAAGACCAUGGUGGAAAAAGGAUUCAAAGGCCGGAAGUCGGGCAAGGGCUGCUACAUCUACCAGCCAGGACUUAAAAGCAGAGAUGUGAACCCAGAAGUUCUGGAGAUUUUGGAAACAUUCAAGCUGGCGCAAAAUGCUGCAGUAUCUUCAGACUCAGAUAUACAGUACAGGCUGGUGUCUCGUUUUGUGAAUGAGGCUGUUCUGUGUCUACAAGAGGGCAUCCUUGCCAAUCCAGUGGAGGGUGACAUUGGGGCAGUGUUCGGUCUUGGCUUUCCACCCUGCCUUGGAGGGCCCUUCAGGUUUGUGGACUGCUUUGGUGCAGACAAACUUGUGGAGAAGAUGAGAAGGUUUGAGGAUGUCUAUGGGAACCAGUUUACUCCUUGUCAGCUGCUGCUUGAUCACGCCAAGGAUCCAAGCAAGAAAUUCCACAAGUGACUUAAGCCGUCAUGUGCCAUUAUGACUUCAUAGAAUUUUCAGAGAUUUACAUGAAAAACAAGCGAUCGAUUGUGCACUUAAAGCAAGAGUUCAGAAUAUCAAGGGCCUUUUUUGUUCCUUGUCAAGGAAAUAAUCAUUUCCCCCCCGUAAGAUGCCAUGUACAUGACUAAUAUUCAGGUAGACUUUGGCCAAGUGAUAGCCUUCAACUAAAUUAAACUAUUUAGUUUUGGGGUUUUGUUUGUAUAUUAAUGAACUCUUUAGGUGAAAUUGUUUUCUAAUGGUUGUGUACAAAUAAAAUGUACAGGCAGAGACAUCAGGCACGUUCCAUUACAGCCUGGGUGUCAAAAGAAAAACCCUAAUGUAUAGUCCAAAAGCACUUGUCUGUAAAAUAAUUUUUCAUUUCAGCGAGCUUCGGUACUUAUACUCAAACUCUCUCUCUCUCUGGACAUAGAAAGUGGCCUCAGAAAAAAAAAUUGUCAAUGAAUUAAAUGAAAUGUUAAAGUCUUCUGUGAUUUAUGGUGUUUUUAUUGACUCUGGGUCUGGAGACGGGUACAUCAACGUCUCCCCUAACUGUUAUUGUUCGUUUCUAGUUUACCCCUGGACUAUGAAUUAGGAACGUAACAAUUGGGGGUUCACCUGGGAUCAGCAGCACGUGUCUGUAAUCUGCACAAACAACGGAGAGAAAAAGAAACA